AUGUUACCUGAGAUUAAAGAACCAUUCUCUGGACCAGGAGGUGGAUGGACCAUGUUUCAGUGUCGACAGGAUGGAAAGGUCAACUUCGACUGCAAAUGGAAAGAAUACAGAGAUGGCUUCGGAGAUCUGUGUGCAGAAUUCCGGCUAGGAAACAAUCACAUUCAUGAUAUCUCCAGCCACGGACAGUAUUCCCUUCGUAUUGACCUUGAGGACUGGAAUGACAAGCACAAACACGCACUGUACCAGAACUUCAGGAUUGAGAACGAGGACAACCUCUACCGUCUCCAUGUAUCAGGAUUCAGUGGUACAGUUGAAGACUCGUUUGGCUGGUACCAUGACAAGCAAAGCUUCAGCACUCCAGACACAGGUGACGUCUAUGCUGAGAAAUCUCACAGAGGCUGGUGGUACCAUCAGUGCUUCUUUGUCAACCUCAAUGGAGUGUAUUAUAAGGGGGGGCGUUACUCAGCCAAAGGGAAGAAUCUUCUGGGUCCUGAUGGGAUUGUGUGGUACUCAUGGAAGGACUCAGAUUACUAUUCCUUGAAGAGGGUGAGCAUGAUGAUCCGCCCACGGACCUACAGGCCCAGUCUCUCUCAUAACACAGCUUUAGGGCCUGUGUAAAACAGUACUGCAGUGUCAUCAUCAGGUCAUUGAUGCAAUCACGUAAACUGUAGUUAAAGGGAAAGUCUCAUCUGGACGUUCAAGAUAAGAUUUUGGGCACACGUGUCUCACAAUCUUGGUCUUCGACACACUUAACCAUUCAAUGUAAACUAAAAUAAAUUAUAAAACAUCAUGCAUUAUUAGAUUAUCAUGGAUCAUAAAAAAAAAAAAAUGUAUUUGAUUUGGA